GAUAUGCGGAGUGCAAAGAUGGCCCAAUUCAGAACUAAACACUAUGGAGUUGCCCUGUGCCUGAUACUUUCCCUCUUCGUGGGAUCGUCAAGUGCCGAGUGCUGCACAGAUGGCGAGACAAAAGUGGAUCCGGAUGAUUGCACAAAGUACCUGGCCUGCUGUCACGGCGAAUUUGUAUCCAAGUCGUGUGCAAGCGGAUCCUAUUGGAACUCGGAUUUAGAAGUCUGUGCCGUAGACGAAGGCCAGUGCAAUCCUCCAGGCUGUGUGGAAGGGGAAAUUGCGCCGAAUCCGGAUAACUGUGCCGGCUACUUAGAGUGCGUCAACGGAAACGUAGUGAUCCAGACCUGCCCGGAUGGUGACUACUUCAACUCGACCCUGGAUAAGUGCGUUGAAGAUACCUGCGGAGUGUGCAUAGGCUGCACCGAGGGAACCAAGAAGGCCGAUCCCAGCGAUUGCUCCAAGUUCCAGAUAUGCGUUGACGGCAAGUACGUGUCUCAAUCUUGUGCCUCCGGAUAUUACUGGAAUUCAGUAAACAACGAGUGCGAAGUGGACAAUGGACAGUGCAACGGAGGUGGAUCGUCGUGCACUGAUGGUGAUCUUAAAGUAGACGCCACCAAUUGCGCAGGAUACUUGGCAUGCUCGAAUGGCAACUGGGUGAGCAAGCAGUGCGCCGAUGGAGCUUACUUCAAUGCCACACUUAAGACUUGUGUGGAGGACGUCGAUGGAGUAUGUGUUAACUGCACCGAGGGAUCUACGAAGCCCUUGGACGACUGUACCAAGUAUGAGAUCUGUUCCGGUGGCCAGUAUGUGACCAAGUCCUGCAACAGUGGUUACUACUGGAACAACCAGACAGAGGCCUGCGAAGUGGACAAUGGACAGUGCAACGGAGGUGGAUCGUCAUGCAUUGAUGGUGAUCUUGAGGUGGACGCCACCAAUUGCGCAGGAUACUUGGCUUGCUCGAAUGGCAACUGGGUGAGCAAGCAGUGCGCCGAUGGAGCUUACUUCAAUGCCACACUUAAGACUUGUGUGGAGGACGUCGAUGGAGUAUGCGUUAAGUGCACAGAGGGAUCUACGAAGCCCUUGGACGACUGUACCAAGUAUGAGAUCUGUUCCGGUGGCCAGUAUGUGACCAAGUCCUGCAACAGUGGCUACUACUGGAACAACCAGACAGAAGCCUGCGAGGUGGACAAUGGUCAGUGCAACGGAGGUGGAUCGUCGUGCACUGAUGGUGAUCUUAAAGUGGACGCCACCAAUUGCGCAGGAUACUUGGCUUGCUCGAAUGGCAACUGGGUGAGCAAGCAGUGCGCCGAUGGAGCUUACUUCAAUGCCACACUAAAGACUUGUGUGGAGGACGUCGACGGAGUAUGCGUUAACUGCACCGAGGGAUCUACGAAGCCCUUGGACGACUGUACCAAGUAUGAGAUCUGUUCCGGUGGCCAGUAUGUGACCAAGUCCUGCAACAGUGGCUACUACUGGAACAACCAGACAGAGGCCUGCGAGGUGGACAAUGGACAGUGCAACGGAGGUGGAUCGUCAUGCACUGAUGGUGAUCUUAAAGUGGACGCCACCAAUUGCGCAGGAUACUUGGCUUGCUCGAAUGGCAACUGGGUGAGCAAGCAGUGCGCCGAUGGAGCUUACUUCAAUGCCACACUUAAGACUUGUGUGGAGGACGUCGACGGAGUAUGUGUUAACUGCACCGAGGGAUCCACCAAACCCUUGGAUGACUGUACCAAGUAUGAGAUCUGUUCCGGUGGCCAGUAUGUGACCAAGUCCUGCAACAGUGGCUACUACUGGAACAAACAGACAGAGGCCUGCGAGGUGGACAAUGGACAGUGCAACGGAAAUGGAACGUCGUGCACUGAGAAUGAAGUUAAGGUGAAUCCUGCGGAUUGCGCCGGAUACCUGCAGUGCAUAAACGGAAACUUUGUGGCCAGGAAGUGCUCCGCUACGCAGUUCUUCAAUGCCACACUGGAGCAAUGCGAGGUCGACACUGAGAAUGUGUGUAUUCCCAAGACCUGCGAUCCCGACUGCUGCGAUGUGCCCAACAAUUCCAUCUGGCCCGUGGAGAAGAAUUGCUCCGCCUUCUACCAGUGCGUAAAUGGCAUUAAGUACGAACAGCGGUGUUCCAACAAUCUGCAAUACAAUUCGAAAAUAGAGCAGUGCGACUAUCCCGAAAAUGUUGACUGCGACGAUGGAUCGGCGCCGCCAAGUGGUCCAAAUGCCGGACCCUCGGGAACCUAUUGCGAGAGCCACGGACGAUGUGUUGGCCAGCGGGAUGGUACCAUGUUCGGCGCUGCCAGCGGAACAUGUAGUUCCGAAUAUGUCGUCUGCCAGUGCGAGUGUGAGGUGAACUUCAGUUGUUCGUCUGGACUUUUGUACAAUUCGGUGGUCAAAUCCUGCGAUUGGGCCGAUAAUGUUAAGUGCUAAAUGGUUGCAAUAAACAAUAUUCUAAGCAGAGUAUUAAACGAGUAUUACAUAAAA